AUGGCUUCGAGACUCGACAGAUUAGUCACUAUCCUUGAAACAGGGAGCACGAGAUUAAUCCGUGACACUGCCGUUAAUCAACUUGCCGACUGGCAAAAACAACACCCUGAUGAACUUUUCAACCUUCUCUCUCGUGUUGUACCCUACCUACGACACAAGGAAUGGGAGACACGGAGAACCGCUGCUUCUGCUAUCGGUAAGAUUGCCGAGUAUGCCCCUAUCUAUGAUCCAAAUUUUGGAGAUGCACCUGUAGAGCCAAAGAAAGAGGAAGAUGCCCCUGAAAAUGGACAAAUCAAAAAGGAGGAAGAGGAUGAGGAUGAGGCGAAGACAAUACCUCAAGAUGACGGUUUCUUCAAAUUGGAAUCCCUCGAUGUCGAGAUGAUUCUAAGAUACGGCAGGGAACUAUUACGCGGUGGUGGUAUUGAGUACGGAAUAGCGGCACUUGACCCUCAAGCACGACUGGCACACCAGAAGAGGACGCUCGCCGGACGGUUAGGUCUACUUGGAAGGAAGUACGAAGACGAGGAGAUCGCUUACACAGGUGGUGAUAAUCUGGCCGCGCCCGGGACUCCGAUGGACGCCGCAAACGGCCAUGGACACAAUCGUACUGAUGGGGCAGGCGGGCAAGCGCACGCCCCUGAAGAGUCCCAGCUAAGCUCUCGUCAACUCAAUGUGCUGAAGCGAAAACGCAAGAGAGAGGCGAUGAAAGCAUCUCAGGGCAAAGGUGGAUUUGGAGAUCUGUCUGUCAGACGUUCAAUGACAUCAGGUUCCGAGAAUAUCGGAGAUGACUCGCCAAUGCCCGACGGAGAAGCUAAGAAAAACAGCAAAGUGAACGACUACUUUAACCUUGAACGCCCCGCCGAUGUUGACGAGGAAACUAAAGUCGUAAGCGAAUUCAAGGGGCCUGUAAUUCCCAUCAAGUCCGAACUCGAAGCCGAAGACACCAUGGAAGGUGCCGAGUGGCCAUACGACCGACUCUGCGAUUUUCUCAAGGUUGAUCUGUUCGACUCCUCCUGGGAAACCCGACACGGAGCUGCCAUGGGUCUCCGCGAGGUUAUUCGAGUUCAUGGUGGAGGCGCCGGCAGAUGUCGCAACAAAUCAAAGGAGGAGAAUGAUGCGCUCAACCGAAGAUGGCUCGAUGAUAUGGCCUGCCGUUUGUGUUGUGUACUGAUGCUAGAUCGCUUCACCGAUUACAGCUCCGACACCUCCGUGGCACCUAUCCGGGAGACAAUUGGCCAGUCUCUUGGAUCCGUCUUGAAGCAUCUCCCUUCAUCAUCUGUUUACAGCACUUUCACAAUCCUCUACAGAAUGGUGAUGCAAGAAGACCUCAAACUUGAACGGCCAGUUUGGUCCGUGUGCCAUGGUGGUAUGAUUGGUCUCAGAUAUGUCGUUGCAGUAAGGAAGGAUCUUUUACUCCAAGACAGUGACAUGAUCGACGGCAUCAUCAAGACUGUCAUGAAAGGAUUGGGAGAUAUGGAUGAUGACGUCCGCUCUGUCAGCGCUGCCACGUUGAUCCCCAUGGCCAAGGAGUUUGUGACUUUGCGACCCGCAAAGCUCGAUGGUCUCGUAAACAUAAUAUGGGAAAGUUUGUCAAAUCUUGGUGACGAUCUUAGUGCCAGCACUGGUCGUAUUAUGGACCUCCUUGCUACACUUUGCGGGUUCCCCGAAGUUCUCGAAGCUAUGAAAGCAUCGGCAGCACAAGACGAGGAACGAUCCUUCACCUUGCUCGUUCCUAGACUCUACCCCUUCCUACGCCAUACCAUCACGUCAGUGCGCGUAGCUGUCCUGAAAGCUUUGUCGACAUUUGCCAAACUCGAUGCAGAGACUUCGCAGGGUUGGCUCAAUGGGAGAAUACUGCGGCUAAUCUUUCAGAACAUCAUCGUUGAAAGGGACAGGGAAGCGCUCAACAUGUCCCUGGAGUUGUGGGUGUCGCUUGUUGAAAGUCUGGCUACCAAGCCUGCUGUCUUGGCAGACGAAUUCGCUGCUCACAUCGACCCCAUGAUGCAGCUGACCUUGCACCCCAUCGGUGUUUCAAGAAACCCAAUCCCCAUGAAUGCCUCCCUAUUCCAAAAACCCUCUGGCGGCACUUAUACUUUGCCUGGCGCAAUUCAACAUACACCUCGCAAGCCAUCAUCACCAGAUGGUUCUGACCGCGCCCCCAAACGCCGUCGAAAGUCAACCAAGGUUGACGAGAUCCCUACAACUAGCCUGACUCACGAUGUCGACGGCCACAUGAUGCAAGGAGACGUCGAUCUUGUUGGCAUGGAUGUGCUGAUUCGCUCUCGCGUAUCAGCUGCUCAGGCCAUGGGCUUCAUCAUGUCCCGAGUCCCUUCAGCCAGCUUGGACGAUUACGAUGCAUUAUUGAUUCCUGGACUGGGUUCUGCAUUCUCCUCGAGUCAGAUGACAGCAUGCGUGGUUAUUGACGAGUAUGCCAAAAACAGCCAGGCUCUUGGUGAUUCUCCUCGUUACCUCGAAAACCUUCAACGCAUCAUCGAUUCUGAGCGACCAGCAGCUUACAGAGACCUCGUGAACUUCAUCCAGCGAGUUCGUACGCAGUGCCAGCAACUGAUCCAUCUCUUCCGCGACCAUGGCAAAGUCUCACACAGCAAGCUUCCAACACUACCUGUCGUGGUUCAAGGAGAAGCUGAGGCUGGUCCGAAUGCCUUUUCUAUUACUAUAGCUGAGAAGUGCAUCGGCGAUGAUUACGAGAGGCUGAAUAAGGCAAUGCCGCCGGGUCAGCGCAUGAUUGCCAGCCAACAGUUAUCUGAAGCUCGCAACAUAACCAUGUUGGCUAUCGAAGAAGCUAAGACUGCUAAGGCUGCUCGUGAUAUUCGUGUUAAGGCAGCAGCAGCAUGCGCCAUGGUCGGUAUGAAGGUACUACCCAAGAAGCCCAGUCCCCUGAUCAAGGGCAUCAUGGACUCUGUCAAGACAGAAGAGAACCAACAACUGCAAGUUCGCUCAGCCGAUACUAUCGCAAGGCUCGUGCAGUUGUUUACCGAGAAGGGCCGAAAGGGACCAGCAGACAAGGUGGUUUCCAACCUGGUCAAGUUCUCUUGCGUCGAAGUUGCAGAAACACCCGAAUUUCCCGUCCAUGCCAGCAAAACGGACUGCGUGUUAUCCAUGCAAAAGGAGGAAGACCGUGUCGAUCACCCAGAUGCUGCUAAAUGGGCGCGCGAAGCCAAGGCCGCUCGUGUUACCAGACGAGGCGCAAAAGAAGCAUUGGAGAUACUUUCUAGAACUUAUGGCGCCAGUCUACUCGAAACUGUGCCCAGCCUCCGCACAUUCAUGGAAGAGCCUCUGGUCAGGGCCUUUUCCGAUGCCUUGCCAGCAGAAGCGAAGGAUCCUGAGCAGACUUUUGGACAAGAGAUUGUCGAUGCCAUGUCCGUUAUUCGCACAAUGACCCCAACCCUCGAUAAGGCCUUGCAACCUUUUAUCAUGCAAAUGAUGCCUCUAGUCAUCAAAGCACUUCAUUCGGAGCUCUCGGUCUUCCGAUACAUGGCUGCCAAGUGCAUGGCUACCAUUUGCAGCGUUAUGACUGUUGAAGGUAUGACUGCACUUGUCGAGAAGGUUCUACCAUCAAUCAACAACCCUGUCGACCUCAACUUCCGACAAGGUGCAAUCGAGGCUAUCUACCACUUGAUUGCUGUGAUGGGAGAUGCUAUUUUACCAUAUGUUAUCUUCCUCAUUGUACCGGUUCUGGGACGAAUGAGCGACUCGGACAACGAAAUCCGUCUUAUUGCAACGACAUCCUUUGCCACACUGGUUAAACUGGUUCCCCUCGAGGCUGGAAUUCCGGACCCGCCAGGCCUGUCCGAAGAGUUGCUGAAGGGAAGAGACCGCGAGAGAACAUUUAUCGCACAGCUGCUGGAUCCGAAGAAGGUGGAGCAGUUCCAAAUCCCCGUUGCCAUCAAGGCCGAGCUGCGAUCAUACCAACAAGAAGGUGUCAACUGGCUCAAUUUCCUCAACAAGUACCACCUCCACGGCAUUCUCUGUGAUGACAUGGGUCUAGGCAAAACGUUGCAAACACUUUGCAUCGUAGCAAGUGAUCACCACCAGCGUGCUGAGGAAUUCGCCAAGACACAGGCGCCUGACGUCCGAAGAAUGCCGUCUCUUAUUGUCUGCCCCCCCACGCUUUCGGGACAUUGGUUGCAAGAAAUCAAGACAUAUGCACCGUUCCUGAGCGUCACUGCAUAUGUCGGGCCACCUGCAGAGAGAAAGGCCCUCAAAGAGAGACUCGGCGAAACUGACAUCGUGAUUACAUCUUACGAUGUCUGCCGUAACGACUCUGAAAUUCUGGGUCAGCAUAGCUGGAAUUACGUCGUACUGGACGAGGGUCAUUUGAUCAAGAACCCGAAGGCCAAGAUCACGCAAGCUGUCAAGAGGCUAGCCAGCAACCAUCGUCUCAUUCUCACAGGCACUCCUAUCCAGAACAAUGUCUUGGAGCUAUGGUCUCUGUUCGACUUUUUGAUGCCUGGUUUCCUGGGUGCUGAGAAGGUCUUUUUGGAUCGCUUCGCGAAACCUAUUGCUGCAAGUCGAUUCAGCAAAGCCUCGUCCAAGGAACAGGAAGCAGGUGCUUUGGCUAUUGAGGCACUUCACAAACAGGUCCUGCCAUUCUUGCUGCGUCGUCUCAAGGAAGAGGUCUUGAACGAUCUCCCACCAAAGAUCUUGCAGAACUACUACUGCGACUUGAGUGACCUGCAACAGAAGCUCUUUGAGGACUUUACCAGGAAACAAGGCAAGAAGAUCCAGGCGGAGGCAGGCAGAGAAGACAAGGAAGCCAAGCAACACAUUUUCCAGGCGCUGCAGUACAUGCGCAAGCUGUGCAACUCUCCUGCCAUGGUGAUGAAGCCGGGAAGUAACCUGUACGACGACACACAGAAGAUUCUUGCCAAGCAGGGAACUUCAAUCGAAGACGCACAGCAUGCACCUAAGCUUACCGCUUUGCGAGAUCUUUUGGUGGAUUGUGGUAUUGGUGUUGAAGGGAAUGACUCAAACGACCCUCUUUAUCAACCGAUCAAGCCUCAUCGCGCACUCAUUUUCUGUCAAAUGAAGGAAAUGCUCGACAUGGUACAGAACAAGGUUCUGAAGGAGUUGCUGCCCUCAGUGUCGCACCUCCGACUCGACGGUUCUGUGGAAGCCAAUAAGAGACAAGACAUUGUCAACAAGUUCAACAGUGACCCGUCCUACGAUGUGCUCUUGCUGACAACUAGCGUUGGAGGUCUCGGUUUGAACUUGACAGGUGCUGAUACUGUUAUCUUUGUCGAGCAUGACUGGAACCCCCAGAAAGAUCUCCAGGCUAUGGACCGAGCCCAUCGUAUUGGACAGAAGAAGGUGGUCAACGUGUACCGACUAAUCACUCGUGGAACUCUGGAGGAGAAGAUUCUGAACCUCCAGCGAUUCAAGAUUGACGUCGCAUCAACUGUCGUGAACCAACAGAACGCUGGCCUUUCGACAAUGGACACGGAUCAGAUUCUGGAUCUGUUCAAUGUCGGUGAUGCCGCGCCAAAUCUUUUGGCCGACAAGGAGAAGAACAAUAUCGAUGGAAGGGAGGAAGACAUGGUCGAUAUUGAAACAGGUGACGUACGUGCACCAGGAAAGAAGGCGUGGCUGGAUGAUUUGGGAGAGCUUUGGGACAACAAGCAGUACGAGGAGAGUUUCGACCUGGACGACUUUAUGAAAACAAUGUCGUAA